CGCACACACACACACACACACACACACACACACACACACACACACAGCAACACUUCAACAGACGGAGACUGGAUGCUUUGACAACAGGGACACGGCAGCUCUUUACUUUCUCUAGCAGAACUCAGAGGAGUAAACACACGAUGAAAUGUCAAUUAGUUUUGCCAGCCUGUUUGCUGCUGCUUUGGACACUGACAGCAUCUGUCAGUUGUAAAGAUGUUAAGAUUACAGUGAAAGAUGUCUCUAAUCAGUUUACGUUGGCUUGUGGGGACAACCUUAAUAUAACAUUUAACGAACAGUACAUGGACAAACCCGUGCCAUACGACGAUGUGUACACAGGGGAGUACACAUGCAUCAGUGCAGAUAACAAAGAAGAAUCAAAGAUCUAUGUGAAAUUUCGGACCUGUAACAACUGCAUAGAGCUCGACGUGCCUUCAAUAGUGGGAAUAGUCAUUGGAAACGUGGCAGCUACGAUUGUGAUAGGAGUGGCUGUCUAUCUCACUGCAUCUCAGAACCGGAUCGGUCCAAACACUGCUCACAAGAAAAAUCCUGAUAGACCGCAAUCUGGUCCACAUGAACCAAGCAGCAGAGCUCCCUAUCAGCCUUACGAGCGUCUGCAACAUCAUCAGAAAGACGAGUAUGAUAAACUUAAUAACAGAAAAUAAAAGGCGAUCUGGCUCGCAGCCUGGGAUGCAAACCCCCCAACCGCCCAGCUGACAACAUACUCUCCAUGUUUUCCUUUGCAACUCAAACAUCUGCAGGAGGGAAAAGUCUGGUAUCUGGGAUGGGUGUUGCUCCUCCCUAAUGUAAUUUGCGCUGUAUAAAACUGUUUUAGCUUUUUUUCUUAUCAUUUAGCUUCACCAUGCCUGUAAGACAUUGCUCUUAAAUAAAAGACCACUCACAUAAUGAGUAACUGUUAACCUUCUGUAUGUAAUAGUUCAGUGUUUCAGUCUUUGUUCUUGUUUUGGUAGUAUUUUAUUCAAUGUUGUAUUUUCAUUCAUUAUCUAUGUUUUUUUCUCUUUCUGUACUGUAAGUAGGGCUACAGCCACCUCAUAUCAUGACUUAAAAAUAAAGUGUUUAUUGUUAUGAUGCAAAAUAAAGAAUUGAGGAAAAAAAGUGUGCUGUCUUGUCAUGCUGGUAGCUAUAACCAGUGUUG